AUGUCGGACGAAGUGGUGGUCUUUGAUGUGGAAGAACGCAAAAAGCAGCCUAGCAGCUCAGGAAUCAAAAACUUUUUUGCUGGUGGAUUUGGUGGAGUAUGUUGUGUAGCAACUGGACAUCCACUCGACACUAUCAAGGUAAGGCUACAGACAAUGCCUAAACCUCUUCCAGGAGAGAAACCAAUGUUUACUGGUACUUUUGAUUGUGCUUUAAAAACGAUAAGAAAUGAGGGAUUUUUAGGUCUGUACAAAGGUAUGGGAGCACCCAUAUUUGGUGUCACUCCUAUAUUUGCUAUUUGCUUCUGGGGAUUUAAUAUGGGGAAGAAAUUACAAAUGAAAGAUCCUAGUGCUGAUCCAACAUACUUCCAGAUAUGUAAUGCUGGUGCAUUCGCUGGUGUUUGUACAACUGCUAUUAUGGCUCCUGGAGAAAGAGUCAAAUGUCUUCUUCAGAUUCAACAAGCCUCAGGAGGAGAACAAAAGUAUAAAGGACCUAUUGAUUGUGUGAGGCAGAUCUACAGACAAAAUGGAAUUAGAGGAGUUUAUAAGGGGGUUUGUGCCACACUAUUACGAGAUGUUCCUGCUACUGCAGCCUAUUUCACCUCGUAUGAAUAUCUCCUUAAAUCAUUAACACCUGAAGGUGGAAAGAGAGAUGAUCUUGGAGCCCACAAGAUUCUUUUUGCUGGAGGAAUGGCUGGAAUGGCUAACUGGACAGCAGCCAUUGCUCAAGAUGUGUUAAAAUCCCGUCUACAAACUGCACCAGAAGGAACUUAUCCCAAUGGUGUUCGCGAUGUCUUUAGGCAACUGAUGAAAGAGGAAGGACCAGCCGCACUCUUUCGAGGUCUAACUCCAGUAAUGCUGCGUGCCUUCCCUGCUAAUGCGGCUUGCUUUCUUGGAUUUGAGCUUAGUAUGCGAUUCUUCAAUUAUAUAGCUCCAGAUUGGUAAAUUACAUGUUUAAUCAACAAUAAAAACACGUUUUGUCACUUAGAGAACCAUGCAGAUUUAGUGCUAGCACUUUCAUGAAAUUAYAUAGGAAAAUUGAAUAAAAUUCGACAUUUAUCACAUUCUAUUAA